AUGACGGACUACGGGGAGAAGCAGACUGAACGAUCGAGAUGGACGCCCCUCCACCGAAUUCUUUUGUCAGGUGAAAUGACACAGGAAAGACAAAAGGAACUGACCAUGGCGGAACGUUUCGAUCGAUGGAUGGUCAAUGAAGGCUACCGAAGAUUUUUCGUCUUUGUCUUUAUGGCCCUUCAUGCGAUGGUAUUUGCCUUCGGUUUCGUCAACUAUGCCGUGAAGGACAACUUACAAAAUGCCCGCAACACUUUCGGGCCAACAUACAUGAUCGCCAGAUCCGCAGCCCUAGUGAUCCACAUUGAUGUCGCUCUUGUCCUGCUUCCAGUUUGCAGAACAUUCAUCUCGAUUGCCCGACAGACGCCACUGAACGGCAUUAUUCAGUUCGACAAGAACAUCACUUUCCACAUCACGACAGCGUGGUCAAUCUUCUUUUUCUCAUGGGUUCAUACUAUUGCUCACUGGAACAACUUCGCCCAAAUCGCUGCCAAGAACAACUUGGGAAUUUAUGGAUGGCUUCUUGCAAACUUCACCUCUGGACCUGGUUGGACGGGCUACAUCAUGUUGAUCGCUUUGACGGGAAUGGUCGUCACAUCUUAUGAGGCGCCCAGACGUGCCAACUAUGAGCGAUUCUGGUACACUCACCACAUGUUUAUCGUGUUCUUCCUGUUCUGGUCAAUCCACGGAGCUUUCUGCAUGAUUCAGCCCGACACUGCGCCAUUCUGCAUUUCGGUUGGUACCACCGCCAUUGGUGUCUUCUGGCAAUACUGGAUGUACGGAGGUUUCAUCUAUCUGGCGGAGCGUAUCGCACGUGAAGUUCGUGGCAGACACAAAACUUACGUUUCCAAGGUCAUUCAGCACCCUAGCAACGUAUGUGAAAUCCAGAUCAAGAAGGAACACACCAAAACGAGAGCCGGACAGUAUAUUUUCUUUUGCUGUCCCGAGGUGUCUCUGUGGCAAUAUCAUCCUUUCACCUUGACGAGCGCACCGGAAGAGGACUACAUCUCGAUCCACAUGCGUGUAGUAGGUGACUUCACAAGGCAGGUCGCUACAGCUCUGGGUUGCGAGUUCGACCGCGGAAAGGGAGAUAAGUCCAAGGUUGUUGGUGUAGAUGGUCAGAAUAGCGAUGUCGAUCCCGCACUGAAGCGAAUUCUGCCUCGUGUUUAUGUCGACGGUCCUUUCGGUUCCGCUUCCGAGGAUGUUUUCAAGUACGAAGUUUCGGUUCUUUGCGGUGCUGGUAUCGGCGUUACACCAUUUGCUUCAAUCCUGAAGUCUAUCUGGUACCGUAUGAAUUACCCACAGAAAAAGACCCGUCUCGCCAAGGUCUACUUCUUCUGGAUUUGCAGAGAUUUUGGUUCAUUCGAGUGGUUCCGAUCGCUCCUGCUUGCCAUUGAGGCCCAGGACGUCGAUGGCCGCAUCGAGAUCCACACAUACCUAACUGCCAAGAUCAAGGCUGACGAUGCCACCAACAUCAUGAUCAACGAUGCCAAUGCCGACAAGGAUACCAUUACAGGUCUCAGGAGUCCAACCAACUUUGGCCGUCCCAAUUGGGAUAUGAUCUUUCGUGGUAUCAGGAAGCUUCAUGCACCUGCUGAAGCUGGUGUGUUCUUCUGCGGUCCGAAGGGUCUGGGUAGUGCGCUACAUGUUUUCUGUAACAAGUAUAGUGAGCCUGGGUUCUCCUUCGUUUGGGGCAAAGAGAAUUUCUAA